UGUCCAGGUCGGGCUCAGCAAACACACACAUUCAUUUAUGUACACUCAAAUUAGGGAACACAACAACAGAUUUUAAGUUUUUAAAAUAAGCAGUCUAUAGACUUUACAAUACAAGCUUAGGUGUUCCACGCAGCACAGAACUAACAACACUAUUUUCCUGCUUUGGGAAGGGCGGGGCGCAGGGCGGCUGGCCCCGGCAAGAGGAGACACUCCAGUCGGCUGAAGUUCCUGAGCUGAACCCGUCAGCUCCCGCAAUGAAUUAAUGAAUUCUUGUGACAUUUGCACAUUUUCGGCACACCCCACUUCACUUUGACGCUUACUCGACGCUGGUAUAGUCCGAGAAGAAAAUGCAGCCCGACAAAAUGUCAGAGCCUGCGGUGGCCGACACUCGCCGGCUGAAUUCCAAGCCCCAGGACUUGACGGACGCUUACGGUCCACCCAGCAAUUUUCUGGAGAUAGACGUUUUCGAUCCACAAGUCGUUGGAGUCGGUCGGCAACGAUACACGAUAUAUAAAGUUCGAAUGCGGACAAACCUUCCUAUAUUCAAGCUGAAGGAUUCCUGUGUGACCAGACGAUACAGUGACUUUGAGUGGUUAAAGAAAGAGCUGGAAAGAGACAGCAAGAUUGUAGUACCACCUCUUCCGGGUAAAGCCCUAAAGAGACAGUUGCCAUUCCGUAGCGAUGAGGGGCUUUUUGAGGAUUCUUUCAUCGAAGAGCGGCGGUCAGGCUUGGAGCAAUUCAUCAACAAAAUUGCCGGUCACCCUUUGGCCCAGAACGAGCGCUGUCUCCACAUGUUCCUGCAAGAAGCCGAGAUUGACCGUAACUACAUUCCUGGAAAAGUACGACACUAACUGGGAGAGAUGGGUGGGAGGUGGGGAGCUUCUGGCACGGACACCAUCGGGAAGUCCCUCGAUUUAUGGAAUAUAUUUCUGUGGCUCGUCUCCACUAUUGUUUUAUAAACUGUAAAAACCCAAAUUAGUUUGUUUUGUACAGUGAAGUAAAAGCUAAAUGCUGCAUUUUCCUCAUGACUGUCACAUAUUCAUGAGUGUAAUAUACUGUGAAUAAAGUAGAAUAUUCUCUAAAGUGUGUAUAAUGUGUAUGGACUGUCUAGGAGGUAUCUGAUCCUGUUUUGUUCUCUUUGUGUGUUUGUUUUAGGUAUGAGUGAAGUAAGUGUGCUUUAUUUUAAUUCUCUCAUUUAGUUGCAUGAGCUUUGAUGAUAGUUUUACCAUUUUUUUAGCCUUGUUUUCAAUGACUAACCAACCCCCUUUAUCCUUGACAAAAACAUUACAAAAUUAAAAGCACUGUGCAAGCAUCAUAGUCUCAUCUCAGUCAAGGUGUGUAAACUAUUAAGUAGUUAAAACAAUACAAAAUGCACAUUUCCCUCCCAACCAACUCUGGUACAUGAGUCACAAUCAACUGCACUAAUAAUUGUCUAUUGCAUGGCAAUGCACGCUUUUAGUUAUACUUUGUUGCAGAUCAUCUAUGUGUUAAUUGCUGGCUAAUGAUUUCACAUACUUUUUGUUCACACUGCUGAGGUGCUUUGUGUAGUUUUCGUUGCCAUAAUGUCUCUAAAGUUUCACUUUAAGAUAAGCAAAAUGGUAUCAAUAAAAUGGCUUGCUCCAGUGAAUGUCAUUUCUCAAGGGACAACACUGUUGAAGUGAAACUUGGAGAUGACUUAAUAGUAGUCAGUGUGCAGCUUGUAUACCAGUAUAUAACGGCUAAAAUUGAGUCAACACAGCCAUUAAUGUCAACACAAGUGAGUGCACCUGACACUGAACAUGUCAAAAGUGUG